AUGAACGAAUUUUGUGUACAACUUCCAAAGGUUGAGCUACAUGCCCAUAUAAAUGGUAGUCUCAGUCCAGAUACCAUGCGUGUCUUGGUUGAACGCAAGAAGGAUAGCAACCCAAGUCUUGCCGAUUUUCGUAUCCCUGAUUCUCUUGAGCGUAUUGAUGAUUUUUUUCCUCUGUUCAGAUUCAUCUACCAACUCACUGAUGAUGAGCCAUCAGUAGUCAUUGCCACUCGUAAUGUCAUUAGUGACUUUGAAAGAGAUGGCGUACGCUAUCUCGAACUACGUACCACACCUAGAGAGAACCCUGCUACUGGAAUGACCAAAAAGUCGUACCUUGCUGCGGUUCUCUCGGCUAUCAACGAAGUUCGGAAAUCAAUUGUUGUGCGACUGAUCGUAUCUAUCGAUCGCCGCGAUACACUCGAAAAGGCUCAAGAAGCUGUUGACCUUGCUCUUCACUUUAGAUCGCAAGGUGUUGUUGGUAUUGAUCUGUGUGGCCAUGUUAUGGAAGGCUCCUUUGUUGCGCUUCGGCCAGCAUUUGAUAGAGCCAAACAGCAUGGAUUCCCCCUGACCUUGCAUUUUGGUGAAGUCAAGGAGAACAUGGCCGAGUCGCUUGAGCUAUUAAGCAUCCAGCCCAACCGUCUGGGUCAUGCUACCUUCUUGACGCCCGAGAGGCGAGAGAAUAUUUAUGCCGGCAACAUCCCGGUUGAAAUCUGCAUGACUUCCAAUAUAUUGUGUAAGACCACAUCCACGUAUGAAGAGCAUCACAUCAAAGAUCUUCUUGUUGAGAAACACCCCUUUAUUAUCUGCACUGACGAUAAGGGUGUGUUCUUCUCUCAGCUCUCGGAUGAGUACACAAUUGCUGCAAAGACUUUUGGUUUGAGUAAGAAUGAACUUUAUGAAGCAUCGUAUCGCACAAUUGAUGCCAUAUUUGAGGAUGAGACCAUCAAGCAGAAUUUGAAGAAAAUUUGGUCUGAAUGGUACAAGGACAAUUUAGCCACUCAGUAA